AUUAUGAAUUUUAUUGCAUUCUUUUUAUUCGCGUUAUCAAUUACGGCAUAUUGUCGCGGUUUAAUGAAUGAAAAAUCCGGACUGUUUAACAGUGUCUUAGAGAAGCGUGAAACGGACGAUGAAAUUGAUCUUUGCACAUAUGCUGUGCGCCAAUUAGAGAUUAUAAAGAAGGAGAAUGAACUCCUUAACAUGCAUUUUCAGAUGUGGAAUCAUCGUUGGAAUAAAUUGGAAGGAAUGCUUAAUGUUUUCGAAGCAGUGUUGAAAAACAUAGAGAAUUAUGUAACAACUCGAUAUUCCGAUAUUGAGGAUCUCAAGACAAUAAUUACAAACAUUUCCAGUAAGGAAUGUGAACAAGAGGAUAUUUUGCCUAAAAUUAGCUCAAUGAUUGUUGAUAACAAUCAACUAUUAAUGGCAGAUAUCGAUAAGAAAUUUGAGCCCCUAUCGCAAAUCAAAGGACUCGUAAUAACGGAGCAUGAUGGAAUUUUGCGAAUUGAAGAAAGACUAACGGCUCUUAGUGACCUGAGUGAAAAAUUCCUAAAAAGCGAAGAAAUGCAAAAAGUCACAUUGUCUGAGAUUAAUGCAACGAUUAAUAGCAACCAUUAUGGAAUGAUUGAUGCGAUUGAUAAAAAAUUUGAACCUUUACUUCAACUUCAAGAUUUGGUGACCAAAGAGCAUCAAGGAAUUUCGAAUAUUGAGAAAAAUCUCAUUAUUAUUGACGACUUAAGUAAAAAACUGUCAGAUCAAAUUUUAUAUCUUUCUUAUGUGAAAGAAAAUCAGCAUUUAUUAACGGACUUGUCCACUAGACUUGCUAAGAUUGAGCAAAGUGUACCGGAAAUUAUUGAUUACGAUUUAUAUCCUUCAAAUUGCGUGGAAUACGAUAAGCGGUAUUGUGACAAUAAUUUAUGCCAUAUAAAGCAUCCGAAAGGUAUAAGACAAAGCCUUUUAGUCUCUUGCUUUAAUCACACUAUUCACGGGGAUGGUUGGUUGGUUAUACAAAAACGCAUGGACGGUUCAGUUGACUUUUAUCGCAAUUGGGCUGAGUACAAAACUGGUUUCGGAAAUAUUUCGGGGGAAUUUUGGAUAGGCUUGGAUCAUUUGCAUGCCCUUACAACGCUGCACGAUAGACAAGAGUUGCUAAUAAUUUUAGAAGAUUUCGAAAAUGUCACUAAACAUGUAAAAUACGAUUCAUUUGUGGUCGGUAACGAAGAAGAAAAAUAUAUAUUGAAGAAUGUGGGCGAAAACACAGGCGAUGCAGGUGUAGCGUUUGCUCGGCAUCAAGGCUAUCAAUUUACUACAAUCGACAAUGACAACGAUAUCGAUGAUGAUAAUUGCGCCCGAACGCGAAUGGGCGGAUGGUGGUAUCUGAACUGUUUCUGGUGUAAUUUGAAUGGCAAAUAUUAUAGCACCGGUCAUGGCCCGAACGAAGCACUUCAUUCUGGUAUUAGUUGGCUUGGUUUUCACGAUUAUGACUAUUCGAUGAAAUUUGUCCAAAUGAUGAUUCGACCGCAUCGCGUAGGCACAUCACAAACUAAAUCCAACUGACUUCUUAGAAAUAGCACUGAUAUUUAGUUACCAUUUUUACGCCCUACACCACUUAUGGUAUCGAGUAUAUUCGGUUUGCAAGCAAGGACGUGUUCGCAACACCUAUCAGAACUUGCAUUCGAUUCGUACUUUAUUAUACCGAUCGAUUCAAAAUCAUUUCCUGAAUUGGCAUAUCUGUCCGUCUCAUAAGCGCCCACACAUUUUUGUGCCGCAAUUUUGAAAUGUUUCGACGAAAUUUGGUACAUUGACGCAUUCUAACCGCAAGACGAGCACACUUAAAUGGGAAAGGUCCACUUCUGUACACUCCAUGGUGGAAAUAAGAUGUAUUAAGAUAUAUUUAUAUGGAAAAUAGAUUAGGAAUCUAAUCGGUCUUCAACAAAAAAAUUCGAUUCGACAAGCUUAUACCUUGUUGUUUCACGUUUUACUCCCGCUCAAAUAUAUAUAUAGGCGUGUACGAAAAUCCUUUCUAUAUAUCGAAAUAAGAUAUAAUUUUUGCAAAGUGGUAUUCGGUAUAUAAGGGUCGGACUUGUCCGACUGUACAGUUUUUACUUAUUUUUAAAUCGUAUUACUGUCAUUACAUCGUACGAUAUUGAUCGCAACUGUCUCUGAUUCAUUUGUCUGGCCAGGCGUAACGAACGCUAUUCAUUAACAUUUUUAUGUAUUCUCUAUGAUCAUCAAUAAUAAUUAUUUUAUUGAAUACAUAAAUAAAAUUCGCAUUAUUUCUGCUGGGCUGGACGGUGAUCCAUCACUAAAAACUUGUUCCAUCAGUUGCGAAUUUUUCGCAAAAAUUGUAUAGGGUUUAGGACGUUGACCCCGCAAUUUACAACUGUCUCUAAAGAGGCUGUUUGCAUUGAAUAUGUUUAAAUAUGAAGCAUUAAGCAACCAAGACAGUCGGACAACUUCAACCAUUAAGUGCCAGAACAAAUUAUUCAUUGCAUCACUCAUUCUGGUCAAGGCGAUUUUUAGGUAGACGAACCAUCAGGAAACUCCCCGAAAGGCCUUUCCGUCUGCUUAGUCGCCAAGGCUAAGAAUUAAAGAUGAUAACUCUCCACAAUCUCUACAUCUCCCUGAUACCUGGCAACUAUUUUGUACGACUCAAGACAAUACUUUUCCUAGCAUAUAUAGGUACACUUGCAUUUGGAUUCCUCAUACAAUCCCGGACUCUAAAUCGUUAUUAUUUUUUCUCAUAGAUCUUCAAUACCUGCGCAGAAAUGUGGACAAUGGGACAACUCCUAUCUUGUUCUCAAUUCAGAUGCUUCGUUUUAGGUUGACAGCGUCAUAUCAGCGUGAAUAUAAAGAAAGGAAAUGUUCAUGAAAAAGAUUUUCCUAUUAAUCCCUUCAGUUUUGUGAGAGGAGAUUACC